AUGUAUAGAGAACACUCUGUUAUACGUAAAAUUGGACAUAUUGAUGGCAAACUCGCAAUUUUAAAAAAGAAUGAAGAGACUGAUGCGUUCGAAAUAGAUUAUAACUGCGCUGAAUUCUCUGAAUUUUUGUAUUUCUAUGAAUUUUGUGGAAAUUUAACGGAUAUGAACAAGAAAUCGAUUGACAAUCAAACAGCAGAAUUCUUGGGAUUAAACGGAGAUUUGACUAGGUUCAUACUAGUCAUCAAACAAACACAUGAAGGCGACGACAUUUCAAACACCUCAACCUCAAAUAACUCAAAUAACACUAACAACUCUAGCAACUCUAGUGGUAUGAAUUCCCUUGUACAAAGUACCUCUACACCAAUAAGCCCCUCUAGACAAGAAGAGUUAUUAAACUUUAAAACGUUUGUUGAAGGUUCGAUUGAAGGUUCGAAAAUUUUAAAGGACAGUGAUUUGAUAAUAUUCUUGAUCAUUGGAGGCUGUUGCUUAUCUAAGUACAAGGAGAGGACAUUGUUGGAUGCAAGAGAAAUGGAACAAGACACUUCUAUUAUGAUUUUAACGUAUAACAUUGUAAAUAAAAGAGUGAAUUUAUUUACUGAUAAACGACAACUGAUCCGAGUGUCAUUAAUUGGUUCACAUCUGACGUUAAAAAAAGAAAUUAGCCCUGGGUAUUUGGUGAAUAUCUUGCCAACAGAUUUGGAUACUGAUGAAAAGAACAAUACAAAAUGUACUUAUAAAAUUAAAGAAAAAGACUGUAAAGAGGUUCAUUCACAAGAGGGUCAAAUCUAUAGAACAGAGGAUGGCAACUUUAUAGAUCUUGUUCAGUUUUACUUAAGAGGUAAAAAAGCGCUUUUUCGAGAAUCAAAUAAAUUUAUAGUCAUCUCUUUAACCAACAGUUUUCAAAUGAAAACAAUUCCUAUUCCAAAAAACUUAAAAUUUUGUGGCAGAAAUCAUCAUGGAGAUGAAGUAACAACACUUUGCGAUCCAUUAGAAUUUACUUUAAACAGGAGAAAUAACCCUGAAAUCCUGAUGAAAAAAGAUUUCAACUGUGAAAAAGUUGAAAUGAAUAAUGAUUCAGACGACGACACAGCCAAAAAAAGAUUAAUUUGGUCAAAUAAUGAAAAUAAUCCCGCACUGAGGUCCAUGGAAGUAUUGGAAGAUAAUAAGGCGAUUUUUCAUUUCAGAAAAAAGGAUCCAGACUCCGCCAAUUUUGACGAGCAUAGUGAUGGCGAGCAUAGUGAUUACGAGCAUAGUGAUGACGGAGACACCACACCUAUCGAAUAUAGCCAAAUAUUUGAAUUUGCCAGGCAAUAUAAACUGGUUAAUGAGGGAGGUGGUAUUAACUUAGACUUUACUAUAAGGAAUUAUGACCCCAAAGUACCAAUCGAAGAUGCGAAUUCUUCUGCUUCAACUAAUUUAACUGAUGAGAAUUCCAAAAGCAUAGCUGAACCUUCCUCGGAUUUAGACAAUGCUAGCAUUUCUACAGAUGAUCAGUAA